GUAUGUCUUAGUGGCACCUAUCAUUUUCCAUCUGUAAUUCUGUACUCAUUACUCCGGCAUCUCGUCCUAUUCGCCGCCGCGGCCGCGCAUCCACGAAAUCACCAAUCUGCCACGGGUCACUUCCAACGCCGUCAUUCCUUCGUUCUCCUCUCCAAUUCUCCAAUCUAAAAAAGAAGAGGGAGCUAUUUAGAGAUGCAACUGUUGCAGUCAAAGAAUCCCAGAGUUAGUGGUCGGGCUAGUCUAUUUACAUUAUUGAUGGCAAGAAGAAAAGGCCAUUUCUUGAAAGGGAGAGAGAGGAUGAGGUGGCUUUAGAGUGCAAAUGAUUUUUCCAUCUAUGUAUUCCUUUUUCGCUCUUUUCUUGAUUGAGAAUAAAUUGAGAGUAAUAGAUGGGAAAGUGUAUCUUAAUCAUAACAUAAAUAGGCUCUGGCUGGCAUGAAAUUUUUGGGUAUAAAGCCACUGGUACAAGAAAAUGCACUUAGGAACGGCUACCUCUUUGCUCUCCCUUAUACGGAAAUAUGAAUUCAGCCGCCCAGCAAUUCAGCAACUCCAUUCUCAUUUGAUCUUUGCUUCCACAAGCACUUUCUCUGAUGCGACGCCGAUCAUAUUCACCAUCUGGAACUCUAUUCUCCGCCACUACUCCCUCGGGCCCAUCCCACAAGAAGCUGUCUUCCUCUUCAAGCACCUGCAGCUCAAAUUGCCGACUGGGUUCUUUUUCGACAGUUUCUCUUAUUCUUUUCUCAUUAAAGCUGCCGCUUAUCUAUUUCAGCCCGUUAUUGGGAAACAAGUUCACUGCCUGACUUUAAAAUCUGGGUUUCAUUCUCAUGUUUAUGUGCAAACUGCUUUGUUAGGUAUGUAUGUUAAUUGUCGCUGUCUAGUGGAAUCAUGUCAUGUGUUUCAAGAAAUGCCUGUCAGAAAUAGCGUGACUUGGAAUGCUUUUAUUACCGGGCUCAUCAGAUGGGGUGAGCUUAGCUUUGCCCGUACUGUUUUUGAUGCGAUGCCUGAGAAAAAUGUGGUUUCGUGGACGGGUGUUAUUGAUGGGUACACUCGCGUGGGGAAGUUCAAUGAAGCUUUGUUGUUGUUCCGUGAGAUGGUUGUGUCUGAGGGGAUUAAACCGAGUGAAAUAACACUCUUAACAAUUUUCCCUGCUAUUUGGAAUACUGGUUAUCUUGAAUCUUGCCAAAUGCUGCACGCUUAUGGGGUGAAAAGUGGGAUCAACUCGUUUGAUAUCCGCGUCAUGAAUUCCCUUGUUGAUGCAUACUCCAAGUGUGGGAGUAUAAAGUCUGCCUCAAAAGUUUUUUGCGACAUAGAAGAUGAGAGGAGGAAUCUUGUCUCGUGGACAUCAAUCAUAUCAGGGUUUGCGAUGCAUGGGAUGGCUGAAGAAGCUUCGGAUUGUUUUCGGAUGAUGCAGAGUGCAAAUGUUAGGCCAAAUCAGAUUACACUUUUAAGUGUGCUUCAUGCUUGUAGUCACGGUGGUUUGGUGGAUGAAGGAGUUGAAUUUUUUGCAAAGAUGGUCAAUGGGUUCGGUCUUCGACCCAACAUUAAACAUUAUGGGAGCUUGAUAGACAUGUUGGGGAGAGCAGGGAGAUUAGAAGAAGCUGAAAGGAUAGCCUUGGAGGUGCCUAGUGACACCUCUAAUGUUGUUAUAUGGAGAACACUUUUGGGCGCUUGUAGCUUUCAUGGGAAUGCAGAGGUGGGACAGAGAGUUAUGCAAAAGGUUAUGGAGCUGGAGAAAACAUAUGGUGGUGAUUAUGUGCUUCUUUCUAAUAUUUUUGCGAAUGAUGGUAGGUAUAUAGAUUCAGAGGGCGUGAGGAGAUUAAUGGAUGAAGAAAAUGCUCAAAAGGUUCCUGGCCUUAGUUUUUGCUAAAUCUUAGAAAAAGGUCUUGAAAGGGUCCCCCCGGGCAAUCUUCAUGUGAAAGCAAUGGGUAAAUGACCAAAUAAGGUAGAGGGAAACCAUGGCAUCUUGUGGUGAAGAAGUCUUUUCUUUCAUGAGGCUUGCUCUAAACCAGGCAAAGCUUGCCUUGGAUAGCCUUGAAGUACCAGUAGGCUGUGUCAUUGUAGAGGACGGCGAGGUCAUUGCUUGGGGAAGGAACAGGACCACAGAGACUAGAAAUGGCACACGGCACGCGGAGAUGGAAGCCAUUGAUUCUUUACUUGAGAAUUGGAAGAAGAACGGGCUUUCGCCAGGUGAGGUUUCCUUGAGAUUCUCAAAAUGCAUCCUCCACGUGACUUGCGAGCCCUGUAUAAUGUGUGCUGCGGCACUGUCUUACAUUGGCGUCAAAGAAGUAUAUUACGGUUGCCCGAACGAUAAAUUUGGGGGUUGUGGGUCCAUACUGCCGCUGCACGCCGGAGGAGAUGGGGGCGGUGCUAAGAAGGGGUUUGGAUGUGUGGGAGGUGUAAUGGCGUCUGAAGCAGUGUCUCUUCUGCGCAGCUUCUACGAACAGGGAAAUCCAAACGCUCCCAAGCCUCAUAGGCCACUGAAGGGGAAAAACACUUCUUGAAUAAUGCCAUAUAAGAUUU